AUGGCCGCCGAGGGAAGAGUGAUAAAAUAUGAAUGUAAGUUUGUGUCUAUUUUUUGUUGUUUUUUUAAAUAAAUGUAGAUUAUUAAAAAGGAAUUAUUUCUUAUAGAUCUAGACCACACGGCUGAUGUGCAGUAAGAGUUAUUGAAUUGAUUAUUUUUCAGGUUUUUUUUGUUUAUAAAAUUAGUGUAAUUAACAUCUUGUUUUGUAUUAUACGUUUACAUGUAUUGUUGAUAGUUGACAGGUUAGAUAUUAACGUGUAGUCCAGUGUAGUCCAGUGUAGGUAGUAUUAUGCAAAAUCUGCCAUGAUUUGUGUUUUGAGUUUCAAAAUGCUAAUCUUUGGAGUCUCUGAGUCUUGAGUUGAGUUUCAAAAUGCUAAUCUUUUGUCUUUAAUAAUAUACUAUUUGUGUCUGCCUUCGUUUUAUCCUACGUGUGACCCAUUGAGUGCCAGCACCAUUGAGUGCCAGCGGCUAUAUAGUGACUAUAUAGUUAAAUAUGAAAACUUUUGUUUGCGGUAGUUGUUGGUGAGCUUGGCGUUAGCAUAUAUGGUGCUGCAUGCGGAAAGUGAAACACAGUCCGGUUGGGUUGUGUUUUGUCUGACUUAGCUUUUUUUAAAACUUUUUAAAUUUUUUUCCCGCCUAUAUGACUUAAAUAUUGUGUAAAUACCACUGUUAAUACUGAUAUAAUUAAACCUACCUUUUAGAUUACAUGCUUGUAUCUUUUUGCAAUUGAAGACUGGAAAUUAGUUCUUUGUUUGUGGGGCUUAGGGUUUAAAAAGGUUGAACAGGGUUAGGUUUAGAAUAAUUUGGAAAAAUGUAGAUUGAUAGGGAUACAAUUGCAAUGAAAAAUACAAGCAGAACUUCAGAAUUAGGUCAUGAUUUGGAACCGCAGUAAUUGGCUUACCGCUGUUGCCGACACCCUGCCAGAUAAAUGAAUUUUAUGUUCUAAUGUAAGUGUUGGCAAAGCUAAUAAAUAAAAUAAAUGUCCAUCCAAAUGACAGGCAAUCAAACAACUUGUGAACGAUUUUUUUCCUAUCAGAAUGAUUGUAGCAAGAAAAACUGAACGGUAAUUCAUCUUUCGAGUCUUAAACAAACUGUCUCUAAACUUGAUCAAUACAUUAAAAUAGCCAUUUUUGUUAUACCUGCCUGUCAACUGAAAUCCCAAAAUUAUGUCAUUGCAUUGACUGUCAAUGGGAAUUUAGCUGAUUAUUGCAUUAUUGGUACUUACAAGUAUUCAGAAGCUGUCACAGUUAUAAUCAGUUUCAGGAUGAGUAAGGUCAGAAUAGGGCCUAGGUUCUCGGGCUUAUAGAAUCAGAUUCAAGACUUGAUUCAGAAAUAAGUUUUGUUUUGUUUGUUCUAAGUUAGAUUGUUUAGAAUCUCUGGAGAAAAUGUUUCCUUAAUAUUACAUAAGGGGGUGAUGACCUCAAAGAAGCAUUUGAACAGGUAAGCCAUCAUUGAUAUUGGUGGCCAGAGCUGCUGUGAGGGGGUGGGGCAAGGGGGCACUGCUACUGGCCCCCAGCUCAAAAGCAGUGAUGGCCCUUUGUUGAUACAAUUAAAAACUUAAAAUUUUUUAUUGCUAAAAAUGAAUCUUAGCUGUGUUAGUGCAGUAUAAUAUGUAAUAAUGAAGUGUAAUAUAGUGUAAAACACCUAUUCUCCUGUUUUACAAUUAUGAUGUCAUAUUUUUGCCCUGCCCUUGUUGGUGGCUAGCUAGGUUAUAUUAUGUAGUGGAAUCAGCUGGUUACCUCCGCCAGGAGGUUAUGUAAUCAUCUGGGUUUGUAUGUGUGUGUGUGUGUGUGUGUGUGUGUGUGUGUGUGUGUGUGUGUGUGUGUGUGUGUGUGUGUGUGUGUGUUUGUCUGUGAGCACAAUAACUCAGGAAAUACCAAACAUAUUCAUACGAAAUUUUUUGAGUGCAUUUCCCAUCGGCUAAGGAAGAACUGAUUAAAAUUUGGUUGAAUUUGGUUAAAAAUUGAACGAGAAAUGAACAAAAUUUUGUCUUGCUUUUCCCGGUCAAUUAAAAAAUAUUACUGAAUGCGUAAUUAGGACGUGUAUAAUUUAUGCACGCAGUACUAAGACAAUGAGAUGAUAAACCUCAUUAAGCUUCGGCCUUCAUUAUCUAUUGUCUUAGUUGCAUUUCACGCGACCGAAAUUCAAUGUCUAAAACAAGGCUUACAGAGUUACGCAUUAUUACGUUCAGCAAAGUGCCAGUCCAUUCAAAUUCUAACAACAUUAGAUUACUUCAAUACAGGGUGUAUAAAAAGAAGGCAACCUCGGAAUUUCCCAAGAAAUCGACAUUGUUUUAAAGACAAAAGAUUUUAGCUGCCUGGGAAUUUAAAAUAGCACAACUGUGAAAAUUACUGUACGCGCGAGUGCAUAAAGCAAAAUUUGUGCAUUUAUUUAAUGACACUUAAAAAGUUUUUAUUUUACAAGUACUGUACAGUACAACAACAGUAAUAUGUUCUAUUAGCAAUUCGAUUUCAAUUCGCGGGGGCCUGAAAUCUUUUAUGCUUAAGAAUUAUAAAGUGGAUUUCUUAGGAAAUUCCAAGGUUGCGUUUCACUUCCGAGUAACGGGCGGAGGUAUGCAGUCUCUGAGUGCCCUCUAGUUUUUUUAUGUGUUUCAUGGGUUCAAAACAAAGUUGAUUAUUUCUCGGUUAGAGCAGGAUGAAUAUUAUUCUUUAAUGAAGGAAAUAAUAUUGCUUUUUGCAAAUACACAUCACAGUAUCAAAGCUACUAUUUUGUUACGUUUUGUUCCAAAAAUGUUGGACGUCUCCGGGGAGUUGCUUGUUAUGUCUUUACUUAUGGAGUUGUAUGCCUAGUUUGAUUUUGUUUUAUUCUCAGUUUAUUCUGAACUUGCCAAGAUUAAGAAAGGCAAAAGAGUUUGGGUGUUCUUAACAAGAUUUCAGAACGUUGCAGAAGUUAGAAAAUUCAUUCAAUGUGAAGUUAGAAAAUUCACAAUUCCAUUGUGACAGCAUGCCCUAAUUCAGAACUACGAACGAACGAUCCAUGACGAUCCUUCGUGAUGCAGUGGUCUCAUGAAAUAAGGAAACGUAUUCGUGCCAGGAACACACGCGGAUUUCGGACGAAUAAAUCUUGGUUGUAUAAUAAUACUUUGUUUCACAAUAAACAAUUUGUCAAGUGUCAUUUAUUUACUGGUAAUAGUGCAUGUUUCAGUCGGGCAAAUCUUGGUUAAUAUUUGAUACGCCGUUUUUUGCAUAUUUCAGACACAUCCAGGAAUAUGCUCCCGAUUUUAAACACUAAUAUCUCCGUGAAUUUAUAUAUAUAUAUAUAUAUAUAUAUAUAUAUAUAUAUAUAUAUAUAUAUAUAUAUAUAUAUAUAUAUAUAUAUAUAUAUAUAUAUAUAUAUAUAUAUAUAUAUAUAUAUAUAUAUAUAUAUAUAUAUAUAUAUUGAGGAGCGUAAUAGGCCUAGCUUUCAACUGUAGGCCUAUUACGCUCCUUCACUUCGGUGUUGUUGAGCACUCUGCGGAGUUGUUAAUGGGUGUCUAUUAGCGAUAAUGCAAAGCUCACUUCCCUUGUGGUCGUUUGAGCACUCUGGCCCCAUUACGCUCUGCGCAUGUCUGGAUGCGUUGAGUCACCGUGUUCUACCACAUGCCUUGGUGAGAGCAAGUUCAUGGGAUACGAAUACGAGUGCCCCACGUAUUUAGACGUGUACCAAGCUGCACUGACGAGGCGUUGAACGCCGAAACAUGCAUGUCUGCAGAUUGUACUAUAUAUAUAUAUAUAUAUAUAUAUAUAUAUAUAUAUAUAUAUAUAUAUAUAUAUAUAUAUAUAUAUACACACACACACACACACACACAUAUAUAUAUUUAAUUGAGGGGGGCCUAAAUGUCUUUGCCCCCCCCCCCACACUUUUUAACAAUGGUCAAUAAUAAACCACAAAGUUAAGACCAAAUAAAAAAAUAGUAGGUUAGCGUCCCUAGCUUUUGCCAAAAGGUGGGCGGGCGGGUUUUUUUAUAUAUACUUAUUUUUAACGCCUUGGUCCGAAACUGGAUUUUCUUGCGCAAUACAGAUAUUUUUUAAUAUAUUCAAAAUAGGAUUCAUACUGUCAUUUUCGCCCGCAAUUUAUUAACACAAUUGACUACAGUCAACAGAAAUACUGCAUAUAUUAGAGCCCGUUGAUCAAUAAAAGUUGGGUUUUAUUUUAAUUAAAUAAAAAAUUUAAAAAAAUCCUGAGCGUGGCCGUUAUUUUGGGUGGGCGAGGACGCUAACCAACUAUUUUUUUUCUGUGGCCUACAUAAUUGAUAUUUUUCAGUUACGCGUGUAGACAAAACAAUUUGAGAUAUUUUAUGACAUUUUGUUACUGUGUAAAUCUCCUUCUAAAGUGUAGGAAAUGGCAUUUCAGAGGCUCUAGAUUUAAUUUUUUCCGGGGGGGGGGGCAUGCGUUCGGACCGCCCAUUGAAUGUCAACCGCCAUGAAUAAAAAUCCAUGUUAAUUUACACGAGCUUUUGCUUUGAUUUUCUCGGUUUAGACAAAGUUUAUUUUAAAAAUUAUUUUAUUUUAGUAAAAAAAUAUUUUGUUCAGAAUUUAUUAGAUUUUUGUUGUGCUGUUCUUAUCCCCGAGGCAACGGCGUGGAGCGCCGUUCGGGGCGUAACCCCGGGCGAGGGUACUAAUUCCGCCUGGCUAUUUACACCCGGGGAAAGAAACGCACUAGCGAAGUCUAAAGUUCAUCAAAUAUUGCGGGCGCAUGGUGUAUGGGUGGUUAUCUUACUUAUCUCAAAAUAUGGCUGUUUGCCAGGAGUGAAGGAGGCAAAAUAUUAAAAAAAGUAAGAAAGAUUGCAUGAGAAUCGUGUCACAUAACAAAUUGUAAAACUUUUUUCAAUUUUUAAACGUAAAUAUUAAGAAUUGAUUUUAGUAUGAGAAAUCCUAAAGUAUAGAAAAAGUUUAUUUCAAAUGUUUAUAUAUGACUUUCUAUUAUUAUAGAGUUUGUUUUUGUUGUUCAAGUCUUUCCUAUGCAUUGCGUGCGAAAGUUUCUUAGUUAAAUUAACUUUUUUAGAAGUUCAUGAUAAAAAGGAGAGCAAAUUAUUUUCAGAGCAUCCUGUAUGAAUUGAAUUUAUUUCAUUUCAAAGUGCGAGUAUAAGUUGAAUGAAGCUCAAGUUGAAUAGUUUAUCGGCAUAAAAGCAGUUAAUUUCAAUUAUUAUACAUUGUAGUUGGCAAAAGCAAUUUGAUUGGCUAAGAGCUUACAGUUAAAUCGCACAAUCACGCAACCUACACAAAAUUCAGUUAUCUGCAAGCAGAUAACUGAGUUAUCUGCAAGCAGAUAACUGAGUUAUCUGCAAAUGAGUGUGCAUUUCAUCAUCACAUUUCAUAUGAGUGUGCAUUUCAUAAUUGUAAUGUUUACUUUAACAAGUAAAUUCGUAAAUGUCUUACGAUAAUAUGAUUCUUUUAUAUUUGUAAUUAAUUUAACUGUUGGACUUCCAGAGACUUGUUUAUAGAAAGUUUUUACUUGAACAGCUUUGCCAGAAAUAUAUUGAAUAUAAUUGAUGUAUUAUUGGGUGUGGCUAUGAUUUCGUAAAUAAAGAUUUUCAUCCGUUAAUACUAUUCUUAUUAUUCGUUAAUACUAUUCUUAUUAUGCGUUAAUACUAUUAUUAUUAUUCUUCAAAUGUAUAAUAAAACAAUUAUUGAAUUCGGUUUUUGCGAUAUGCAAAAUUAUCAAGGUCUCAGUAAGCGUUAUCAGCCUCGCCUUCGGCUCGGCUGAUAACGCUUACUUCGACCUUGAUAAUUCCGCAUAUCACAAAAACCUCAUCCAAUAAUUGUUUAUUCGCAUUUAAAAACGUUUGACGAAGAGUUUCGUGUUGAAUUUUACAUUAAAAUGAAGUCCAUAGAAAGCAAAAUAAUAUACCUACUUAUAUAUUUUAGAAAUUGAUAGUUCUGUAUUAGAAAGUGUUCAAGUUUUAUUUUUUUUUUUCAGUUUUAUACAAAAAAUUAAAAAAAAAACAAUUAUCAUGGCUAACAUGACAUGAGCAACGCGAGCCUGCGUUCAGUGUUGGCGUAAUUAUGAAUAUAGUUCAUGUUGACACAUGUUUGGAAAAUAUUGGCGAGGGGUUGUUGCAUGCAUGCAUGUAUUUCUAGUAUGGCAUUACUUCACUCGGAAGUGCACUGUGCCAUUUGAAAUUUUUAAUAUAAUAAUAAGAGUUCUCUUGUCAGCGACCGCGAAAAUUAUUCAUAUUGCUUCAUAUACGAAAAGCCAACGAAUUCUCACCACUUACUUUUCAGUUACCAAUUGUGAUGAUCUAUCUUGUGGUGAAAACGAAAUUUGUGUUGAAGUUGGCAAUACAUAUGAAUGUGUUUGUCAUUCUGAUUACGAGGGAGAAAACUGUGAAGAUAAAAGUUAGUGCUUAAACCUCAAAAGUCUCUUUUGAGUGUUUUUCAUUAAAACUGCAGGUUUCCACAUGGUCGUAAAAAUAGAGUGACGAACUUUCGCAACGGAAAGUUCAUAAUAGUUUAUACCGGUAAACCACAUAUAAGUCAUAAGUAUUUUCUAGAUCUAAUUACUCCACGGAUUUUUAGUUCUAAAAUGUUGUAUUUCGUGACUCAAUCGCUGCGAUCAUAUGGAAACCAGGCUUUAGAAAUCGUAUGACAACGAACCUGCCUUUGCUAACAGAACUCACUAUGGGGGCUGAUCUUUUCUAGGGGAUAUGGAGGGGGGGGGGAGGGAAUUUAACGUUUCCCAGCAUUUUUAGUGCAAAGUUCCUUUGCACUAUUGUUAUGAGAAAAAUUCAAUCCAGGAGCGAUGGGGGGAGCUUGCAAAAUAGUUCUUAUUACGUUUUCUAGAGCGUCGUGACGUUCAGCCAACUAAUCGUUUAUAGAUGUUUAUAGAUGGUACAUGUUCUUACUUAUUUUUUCCAACAUUUAGAGAAGCUACAGCCACAUUACUGUUACAUUUCAACCACUUGUUAUUAUAUGAUUUCCCCCCUGCAACAUAAAUACCCUUGAAUUAAUACACAUGCUCUCGUAUAUUAUUAAAUAUAAUUUUACAAAGGCGGGCAUGGACGAGCGGUGACUAUUAAGCGGCGGUGCGAAAUCGUGUAGACUCAUAGGCGUACGGGAAGGAAAAAAUUAGGGGGGGGGGGCAGAAAGAAAUUUGCCCGACUUUUUCUAAUUGUGCCCGACAAGUGCCAAAAAAAUUUUUCCGGAACAAUUUGUUUUGGUGACCUCUCCCCCCCCGGUCAGUGUACCAUUUUAAGGGUCAAAAUAUUUUUCGGACAUAAAAAAAUUUUUCGAAACGUGAAACAAAUUUUCCCCAAAUCGAAAAAUUGACAUAAUUUCCCUCAAAAUUUGCAGAAUUUGUCCCAUUUUUUUCUAUCAUAACCAAAUAUUACCCGACUGUAAAGCGAAUGUUGCCCAACUGGCUUUGUUUGCCCAACAAACUGGGGUUAUUAUUAAGAGAGAUUUUCUUGUUUUGACUACGUUUUGCCCGACUUUUGCCCGACUUUUGUUGAACAUUUGCCCGACUUUUCGACUUUGUAAUCUGUUUGGGGGGGAGGCAGUUGCCCCCCCCCCCUGCCCCCCGUCCCGUACGUCUAUGUGUAGACUAGAGUGUAUUAGAAUUGAGGUUAAUAGUUUUAUGAGAAAAUCUUCGAGAUUCUUGCAAUAUAUAACUUGAUGUUAUGCAGUACGGGCAUUCAAUUAAGUGCCAAUAUUAUUUUGACGGUAGCUAUAUUCAUUAUACAGAGCUAGGAAGGAGCGACACAGUGUUGUUUUCAAAUGUAUAAACAUUUCAGACGUAAAUUUUGAGAACAUCUUCGCGAUACUAUCCAAUAUAAAUAAAUCGAUUUUAUGCAUUACGGGCACUUAAUUAAGUGCCAAUAUUAUUUUGACGCCAUAUUCAUUAUGCAGAGCUAGGAAGGAGCGAGACAGUGUUGUUUUCAAAUGUAUAAACAUUUCAGAUUUGAAUAUUGAGAAAAUUGUGAGGUUUUCGAUCAUUACAAAAAUCUUUGAGAUUCUACGCAAUAUAUAAAUUGAUGUUAUGCAUUACCGGCAUUCAAUUAAGUGCCGAUAUUAUUUAGGCUGUAUAUUCACUUUACAGCGACUGUAUAAGGUGCUACACCACAGAAUAGAUGGCUACACUCAGACACUCAGUGCACUGAAACCACAUAAGCCUGAAAAAACUGUGUGUUGAAACCACACAUACAGCACGUGCGUGUUUGGCUCUCUAAAUAUAGAAAUGAUUAUAGGGUUCACAGGACAUGGUGAAAAAGACGGAGUGCGGAGUACGGAGUCCGUCAAAACAUAGUUUAUUUUUCCUAAAGAUUCGAUUUUAAUGAGAGUCCACGUUUUCCACUUUAUGUCCCCAUACACAAAGUGUCUUUUGCAAUUUGAAACUUUGCACUAUCCUUGGAUCCCUAGUUACCGAAGAAUGCGUUGAAUUCAACCCAGGGUCUCUCUUAACAUAUAGACUGGGGGAGGGGGAGACAUGUCCCCUCAGUCCCCUUACUGCCCCCUCCAGUCGGCAAUUUUGUCCCCCCCCCCUCUCAUUGCAAGGUCCCUAAGAACUACCUGUAGUUGGUGGUCAAGCAGCAAUUACAUAUCAAAGUGAGAAAAUGAUGUUAAGCUGUUAUAUCAUUUCUGAAUUUGACCAUCAUCUGCAGGCCCGUAACUAGCUAUGAGUCAACCGAGUCAGUUGACUCGGUAGGAAUUUGGGAACUGAAAUUUAAACAUCGCCAGAAGCAUAAACCAUGGCUGAAAUAAUUUUCUCGUCGAAAAAGGCAUGAAAUGGCAUUUUAGGACGAAAUUCUAGUGUAGUUUUUCAAACAAAGAUACUCAAAAGAGACCACCCUAUCUUGCUCUUCAGUGACACUGAGAAGACGAAUGCGUCGAUGUCAAGAACCCCGAUACAUGUAAUGCAGUACUGUAGAAAUUGAAGUAUGGUGAAUGAUAAUACUACACCACACACAUUUUCAUUACCGCAUCACAUCAUGUUGCCUUAUUGAGACUGGAUUACAUUUGGGAGUUUGUAAAAUUGCAGUAAUUGUGUCACUGUUUAUAAGUUUAAUUUCUUGUUGGACCACUCCUCAAAAUGCUGGAAAUACCUUAUCUGAGCCUAGACAUGCAGCCCGCACCUUCAGUGGUCGACUUGGUUGUCUCAGAUUCCUAAUUACGGGCCUGAUCUUACGGGUCUGAUGCUGCCCUAUGACAUAUACUUAUUGGUUAAUAUACAUAUUCAUAUAUAUAUAUAUAUAUAUAUAUAUAUAUAUAUAUAUAUAUAUAUAUAUAUAUAUAUAUAUAUAUAUAUAUAUAUAUAUAUAUAUAUAUAUAUAUAUAUAUAUAUAUAUAUAUAUAUAUAUAUAUAUAUAUAUAUAUAUAUAUAUAUAUAUAUAUAUAUAUAUAUAUAUAUAUAUAUAUAUAUAUAUAUAUAUAUAUAUAUAUGCAGGUAACUGUGCAGUGAUGCAGACUUGCAGACUGUAACUUCUCCAGGUCCCCCGCGAAAUAUGCCCCCCCCCCCAGUUAGUUUUGUUAGCAUAUUAUUCCCAGUGUUAGCCCAAAUUUCCAUGUUUUUGUAAAUAUUUUUUGGGCUCUGGUGUAUCUAAUGUUAUUUCUUAUGGGGAAAGAUCUCUACUUUGUUUGGAGAGUAUAGUGGUUUUUAUUAUUUGAUUAAAAUUAACAGUAACGAAAUGCAAAAUAUUUUGACAACAUGUAUAUAUGCUUCAUAUGUAACAUAUAUAACUACUCUGAAGUAACGUUACUGUAACAUACCUAUUCUUGUUUUUAAUUUUUUCUUUGAUUUCUUUUUGGAGAAGCGUUUCAAAUUUUUCAUGUUGAAUUAGUGAAUGUAUAUUUAAUUAACUAAUUAAUUAAGGCUUUUUUAUUUGCUUUAGUUGAAGCGACAUGCAAGGCUCGGGGAGAUCCACAUUAUACGACAUUUGAUGGAAGACGUUAUGACUUUAUGGGUAGAUGUGAAUAUGUUCUGGCUGAAGACCGUGUAAACAACACAUUUGAAAUAAGACAAACAAAUGAACCAUGUGGAAAUGGAGUACCUACAUGUACAAGAUCAUUAAUAGUAAUCUUCCCAAAUAUUACAAUUGAACUCCGAAGAGGAAUGACUUUGGUCAAUGGUGGAGAAGUCAUGUUGCCAGUUAAUUAUGGAGGUAUAAGAAAACAUUGAACUUUAAGUGCUACGUUUCAUUAUAACAAAUAGAUUCUUAUAACAGUUUUGCUUGUGGAAAUAUCACGUAAAUUUAUUACUGCAAAAUAAAUAGAUUCUUGUUUGCAAAAUUACACAGUAAUACACAUGCAAAAUUGCACUGGGCACUAUGCUAACUACGCUAUGCUACACCAUACUGAUAAGUAUAGAACAUAUACACUACACCACACCACACUAUACUACACAACACAACGCUACGCUACACUGCAACAUAACACAGCACAACAACACAGCACAGCACAACACAACACAAUAGAACACAAUAGAACACAACACAAUAGAACACAACACAAUAGAACACAACACAAUAGAACACAAUAGAACACAACAUAAUACAAUAGAACACAACACAAUAGAACACAACACAAUAGAACACAACACAAUAGAACACAACACAAUAUAACACAACACAAUAGAACACAACACAAUAGAACACAACACAAUAGAACACAACACAAUAGAACACAACACAAAUCCAACCCAACAAAACAAUUUACGGCACGACAUGACGUAACAUCAUGCAUGAUAUGACGUGACAUGACAUGGCAAGGCAAAAAGAUCUUAGUAUAGCAUCAGUAUAUUAUAUGGACAAUAGCGUUUUACUGGAAACUAAAACACUCAUAGAACUCAUACUUCACUAAAUCCGGGACCAGAUGCGCGUAUUUUCCCUAUUUCACCCGUGCGAGUGGCAUACGAAAUUCGAAAAUUUCCAUAUCUUCUCGCAACCGUCUAAUAUCCUCUAUAUAUUACGCAGGAUGUUAAUAUUACACAACCUGACGAGGCUAUGAUCGUAGUAACAUAACAUAGUGUAUAAUAAGACUACAAAUCUUUUGAUUUUUUACAAGGUGUCAACAUCACUGAACGUGAUUUUCAAAAUACAGCAAAUACAAUGGUAUCAAGUGAUUAUGGUGUGACGGUCUUCUGGAACAAUGUUUAUAAUGUACGAGUGACAGUUCGAGGUCGGUAUUUAAACAGAACAUCAGGAUUAUGUGGUACAUAUAAUAACAUGGAAGAUGACGACUUCUGGGCACGCAAUGGUACAAUUGUAACUAAUCCAGUGGAAUUUGGAAAUACUUGGAAAGUUGAUCCUGACUGUGAUGAUGCAAUUGAAGUACCAAAUCCCUGUGACGCCAACUCAGACAGAAGAUGGAUAGCACAAGCCAACUGUUCAACGUUACUCAGACCUCCUUUUAAUGAGUGUUCAAGUCAUAUAAAUGCCACUGAAGAGGGAUAUAUUGCUGAUUGUGAAUAUGAUAUGUGUGCUUGCGAGGAUGAUCCUGUUGUUUGUUAUUGUCAAGCUCUCGAGGCUUAUGCUGAUGAUUGUGCUUUCUUUGUUGAUAUACAGUGGCGUGCAUUGGACGAAUUUGCAAUUUGUCGUAAGUGUCCAGAUUUUAUUAACUUCUUAUUAACCGAACGCGAGGUCUGUACAGAGAAAUAUUGGACCGAGGUCUUUUUUGUUCAGACCGAGCCCGUACAGCGAGGCUUGUACAAAAUGACCGAGGUCCGAUAUUUCUCUGUACAUACCAAGCAAGCAAGGUUAAUAAAAAAUUAUUAUAUGGCAUUUAUAGGCAUUUAUACUUGAAACAAACAAGAUCUAGAAAUGCAUGAUUUGAAAUUCAUAUUAGUAGCGUGGUACACACUUGGCCGAAGAAAACAAAAAAUACCAAUGCAUUCCUUCUUUUCCACUAUAAAUCAUUCACAUAUAUCUUAUCAAUGACAAAUUAAUUUAUAAUUUUACUUUUAAAUUAAUAAAUUAAUUUUUGAGGUUGAUUAUCAAUUAGUAAAAAAUUGGUGUAACAGUUAUUAUAACUGUUGUUUUUAUCUUCUUGUAUUACUGUUACUUUUAUUCUUCGUCUUAGCCGUUACUCCUAUUCCUAUUAUUGUGCUGUUGUUGUUGGCGUUACUGUUACGUAUACUGGUACUGUUUCUGUUACUCAUACUGAUACUGUACAGCUACUAGUAUACUGCUACUGCUACUGCUACUGCUAUUGAUACUGCUACUGCUACAGCUACUGCUACUGCUACUGUUACUGUUACUGUUACUGUUACUGUUACUGUUACUGUUACUGUUACUGUUACUGUUACUGUUACUGUUACUGUUACUGUUACUGUUACUGUUACUGCUGCUGUUACUGCUACUGUUACUGUUACUACUACUGCUACUACUACUGUUACUGUUACUGUUGCUGUUACUGUUACUGUUACUGUUACCGUUACUGUUACUGUUACUGUUACUGUUACUGUUACUGUUACUGUUACUGUUACUGCUACUGCUACUACUACUGCUACUGUUACUGUUACUGUUACUGUUACUGUUACUGUUACUACUACUGUUACUGUUACUGUUACUGCUACUGUUACUGUUACUGUUACUGUUACUGUUACUGUCACUACUACUGCUACUGCUACUACUACUGUUACUGUUACUGUUACUGUUACUGUUACUGCUACUGCUACUGCUACUGCUACUACUACUGCUACUGUUACUGUUACUGUUACUGCUGCUGUUACUGUCACUGUCACUGUCACUGUUACUGUUACUAUACUGUUACUGCAUAGUAUUACUGUUACUGUUACUGUUACUGUUACUGUUACUGUUACUGUUACUGCUACUAUUACUCCUACUAUUACUGCUACUAUUACUGCUACAUUUACUUCUACUGUUACUGCUAUUGCUACUGUCACUAACACUUUACUGGUACUAGUGCUGAUACUGGUACUUGUAUCAGUGUUGUUACUUGAAACAUUGCUGUUGUUGGAAAUAUUACUGUUUCUGGUGCUGAAACUGAUAAAUAUACAAGUGCUGGUACUAAUAUUGUUACAGUUACUAGCAGAAGUCCGGGUACUUAUAAUGUUACGGUUACUGGUACUACUAGAAUUGGUGCAUGUGCUGUUUCUGGCGCUGUUAAUGGAACUAGUGCUGUUACUAUUACUAUUAAUGGUAGUAGGCUGCUACUAGUACCGGUGGUGUUGCUGCUGAUUUUGUUGUUGCUGUUGCCAAUACUAUUACUGAUAUUGGUACUUGUAAUGUGAGUUAAAGUUGAGUUACGUGCUUUUCUUUAGUUGAUUUUCUUUAUAUGCUACUUUGUUUGUGCAGACCUGAACAUUGUAAUGUUGCAAACGCUUUAUCUGAUUAAUUUGUGAUUGGCGGUUCUCGUUACUAACUUUCAUUUAUACUAACUUUCAUAGGUACCCCAUGUGCCAGUGCUCCAUGUUUUAAUGGUGGGUCUUGCAGAAAUAUUGAUAAUACAACAUUUGAGUGUACUUGCCCAUUCGGUUUCUUAGGUGACAGAUGUGAACUUGAAGGUAAAAAAGUUGUUUUUGUCUUCAUAUCUCUUGGAUGGGUUCGUGCAUUAUGCGAAAUUGACAUUUUGUGUAUCUGGUUCGACAGUACUAAUAGUACAUGGUUUAUUAUAGACGAAAUCUAUAGUAUUUGUUCUAUCCAGCGAAAUUCCAAAAUCUCGAUAUUUACCCAAUUUUCCUUGUGCUGGCAUCGCUCAAUGAUAAAAACAUGAAUUUGUGGUUAUUGCUCAGCAAUUUGCUUACACCAGUGCGCUGGAGUGACAUAACCAUAGAUUAGAUUCCUGCCUGAGAUACCCUGGUUAGGUGUAUAUAAAUUUGCAUUUGAAGUUACCUCUACAAAAAACCCAUGUACUUUAAUACAAAAUUGCUUUCUUUUUCUUCAGACCUUUGUCAAGUACCAAUUCUCUAUUAUGCUAACAGUUCUACAAUCAAUACUUACAACACCAAGGCAGGUGAUCUUUCACCAAAGUUUUUCUUGAGAUCUCCUGAUGCUCAACUGGUCUACGACAAACAUAAUCGUCAAAUUUUAAUGUAUGCAUCAGGCACAACAUUAUCCAGAGUAACUUUGGAUGGCUCAAAUAUAACAACCUUGGUGACAAUGGAAGAGCAUAUUCGGCGGUUUACGUACGAUGGUCGUCGUAAUAUUAUAUAUUAUCUUCAUGACGCAAGUGAAGCUAUUCACAUGUUAAACCUGACAAGUAUGGAAGAUAUGGAAGUUGGUGCUCUGGCUCAUGUUUCUAGCAUUAAAGAUCUUGACAUUGAUGUAUUGAAUGAGUAA